UCAGUAUAUCGUACGACCGCCGCCCGGCUUGUUAUAAAUAUUCUGUACCGUAAAAAUUGUUUUAUUAAUACCCGUCAUAAUAUUAUAUUGUUAAAUCAAACCUGUAAUUAUUAUAUUGUACCUGUAUCAUCUAUUUCUGUAUUAUUAUUAUGUGAUCGAAAACCGUUUUUUUUUUUUUAUAUAAUAUAUGUAACUUCUAGCUUUUUUGCUUAUUCUUAUUAAAAUUUCUUUUUUUUUUUAUUAAACGUAUAAUAAGUUUUUUUCUUUAAAAAAAAUUCAUCGUAUCCUAUAUCGUUGGCGCGUACGCGUUUAUUGUAAUAUUUUAUUUAUACACAAUAUUGUAAACACGUCGAAUAAAUAUCGCAUUUGAUCGUUUCGAAUUCGGUAUUGUUAUUUUUUCUCAAUAAAAAAAAAUCGUCGACAACGGCCGGUUAAAAUUAAUAUCGUGGUGCGAUCGCGCUAAGUGUGUUCCUAUCUUGCUGUUGUUGCCGGGCCAUCCGCUAAUCCCAUUCCGAGAAACAUAUGCACAGGAGAUUGUUCAUACAUUCAGCACAAGACAGUAGAAAUGACAGACAGCAUGACACGGAAUUAUAACGGUUUCAACAACUGUACGCCGAAAACUGACCAGAAAACCCAAAACAUGACCCCCACGGACGGUUACGACAAUAAAGCGAUGCUCAGGUCCGAAUUGGAUCUUCAAGGAAAGCCCGGAGUCAACGGAGUGACCAGCAUAAAUAUGGAUAACUUGAGUAAAGUAACGCACAACACGACCACGCCAAACGGACAACAGAACGGAAAACCAAAUUUCUACGACCCUUACCAGCACCGAGAUGUCAAACAUCCCACCUCGUAUUUCGAUACGUUAAUACAUCUCCUUAAAGCCAGCCUGGGUACGGGCAUACUGGCCAUGCCCAGCGCUUUCCGUAACGCUGGUUACAUAGUGGGCACGUUGGGUACCAUCAUCAUUGGUAUUUUAUGUACAUACACAAUACACUUGUUGGUGACUUCUUCGUAUGUGUUGUGCGUUAAAAGAAAAGUACCUAGUCUGACGUAUCCGGCCUGUGCGGCAGCGGCGUUCGAAGAAGGACCAAAGAUGACUCGGAAGUUCGCACCGUACGCCAGAAUGAUUACAAAGUUGUUCCUAGUCUUGUACCAAAUCGGUUCCAGUUGUAUAUACAUAGUAUUUAUAGCCAAGAAUCUCAAAUCGAUAGGUGACAACUACCUCGAGACCACGGGCCCCUACACUGACGACCGCAUGUACAUGGUGUACAUAAUCAUUCCGUUGAUAUUGAUCUGCUGGAUUCGAAAUCUAAAACUGCUUUCUCCGUUCUCUUCGGUGGCCAACUGCUUGUCGAUGCUCAGCUUCGGACUGAUAUUCUACUUUAUCUUCCGCGACCUGCCUUCGCUGAGCUCGCGGGCUCCGGUGGGCACCAUCAAGAGUAUCCCGCUGUUCUUCGGUACCGUUCUGUUCGCCAUGGAAGCCAUCGGCAUGGUUUUGCCGCUCGAAAACGAAAUGAAGAACCCAAAAAAGUUUGGCAGCGUUUUCGGAGUGCUCAACGGCGCCAUGUUACCAAUCACGCUGCUGUACACGUUCGUGGGUUUCUUCGGCUACUUAAAGUACGGCGAAGCGACCACCGGCAGCAUAACUUUGGAUCUACCGGCCGGAGAACUGCUCGCUCAAGUCGUCAAGCUUUUGCUCUCAAUUUCCAUUUACAUAUGUUACGCUCUAUCCAACUACGUGGCGUUCGACAUCAUGUGGAAGAGUCUGGAGACGAAAAUGGAAAAAAACGAGAACAAGAUCUGGUGGGAAUACGCUCUGCGGACGUCCAUUGUUAUGGUUACAUUCUUCCUGGCCGUCGCCAUACCCAACCUGGAGCAUUUGAUUUCGCUGAUUGGCGCGUUCUGCUUGUCGACCGUGGGCAUUGCGCUGCCGGCAAUCAUUAACUUCUUGACGUUCGUGGACAUUUACAGAGAAGAAGGGUACUUACGGCUCGGUCUGUUCGUGCUGCGAAACCUGCUGAUAGUGGCUAUCGCCGUUUUCGCUUUCGUCAUCGGAGUGUCCACAAGUAUUACAGACAUAAUAAAUCACAUGAAGUGAUCUCUUUCAAGGGCGGCGUUUGUUUUGGAUAACAAACAAUGUAUCAACACUGAGCUACCGUCUGGUCGCGUUGGUAGUUUUUUAUUAUUUUUUUUUUUUUAACUAGUGACCAAUCAUUGUUAUUAUUAUUAUUAUUAUUACUAUUAUUAAUUAUUAUUAUUAUUAAUAUUAAAAAUUCGCCUAGACGAAUCCCCACAUGUAAACCUGUAACGACUAAAGUAAAGUAAAAAAAAAAAAAACAAAUCAAAUUCAGUAUUUUUCAAUCGUCCGAAGUUUGAUUUCGAUGGUUUUUAGAAUUUCUAUUAAUAUUAAAAUAUAAUAAUGCCAAUUCAGUAUUUUUGCCAUUUUAAUUCGUAUAAUAAAAUAAUAAUUAUUUGAUUUUGUAAAUUUUAACAUUUUUUUUUUUUUUAAUGGAGUUUACUACUAUUAAAAAAAAAGAGAUAAUAACAAAACAGGGUGUCCCUGGUUGGUUAUACUCACUACGGGAAGACGAGACUUCGCAGUCUAUCCAUAUCUAUUUUACACAUAUAUUAUAUAUACUAUAUUACUUCGCACGAGGUUCACAGUAGGUUCUCCAAAGACAGUUUUUAUAAUUAUUGAAUUUCGAGCAACUCUGUGGACUAUAAAGACUUUUAUUAAAAUUUAUUACCUUGUUUUUUUUUUUGUAUUAUUGUUGUAAAAUAUUGAACUAUUACUAUUCACAUGUCAUAAUAAUGCGCGAUCAAAAGUUUAUAUCAAAUUAUGUUUAAGCUAAUCGUCAUUGUUAGUAUAUUUGUUUUUUUUUUUAUAUAUAUAUAACUUAAAUAUCAUGAAACAGGUACAUCUUGAUCCGGGUAAAAGAUUUGUUCUUAACAUUCCUACGCGUUUAACAUCUUUAUUAGUAUUUGUUUAUUUAAAAAUCGACUUACCAUUUCAAUUUUUAAUUAUCUUUCUUGCUCAAUAAUAUGUAAUGUAUAGAGUGUGUACACAGUAAAAUGUUAUCGGACGUGAAUUGCCUAGUUUAAAUACGAUGUUGUAGAGAUUUGUAUCUAGUUCUAAAAAAAAACUACAUUGUUUUUUUUUUACCACCAGAUACAUUUUUUCGAAUUUUUGUGAAAUGAUAUUAUUGUGAUACGAGUACAUAAAAAUAUACAUAGUUUUGUAAUAACGUGAAUAUUAUAUUGUAGUUAGUAAUAUUAUAUAAUUAUGCAUAUAACUAUACAAUGUAUUUUUU